AUGAAGCGAAUCCUUCAGAAGACGGAUAUUGCGGGUAGAAUGGUUCAAUGGGCAAUAGAGCUGUCCGAGUUCGAUUUAAAGUAUGAAACUCGGACGACAAUCAAAGCCCAAUGCCUCACCGACUUCAUGGCAGAAUAUGCAGGGGAUCAAGAGGAAGCGUCUACUACAUGGGAGCUAUAUGUAGAUAGAUCCUCAAACAAAAUCGGAAGCGGUGCAGGCAUAAUAUUAGUCAACCAAGAGGGAACUCAAAUAGAAGUCUCCCUCAAAUUUGAAUUCCCAACUUCUAACAAUCAGGCAGAAUAUGAAGCCUUGAUUGAAGAGUUAAAGCUGGCAGAGGAAGUCGGCGCAACGAGAGUAGUUGUGCUCAGCGACUCCCAGGUAGUAACCUCACAAAUCAAUGGAGAGUACCAGGCCAAAGAUCCCAACAUGAAGAGAUACUUAGAAAAAACUUUGGAGCAUCUUAGGCGCUUUGCAGAAACCGAGGUCAAGCAUAUAACUCGGGAUCUCAACAGCAGAGCAAAAGCCCUCUCUAAGCUAGCAAGUACCAAACUUGGGGAGAACAAUAGAAGCCUAAUCCCAGAAACUCUCUAA